AUGCAUUGGAUCCUGGCUAUCACGAAUUCUUGCAAUGGACUGACAUAUGUGACUCGAUUCUCGUGCGACAUCUUUGGCUUCUAUGUUGCUUGCAUCUACCUCCAAAAAGGUAUCCAAGUGCUGACUCGACAAUGGGGCCAAGUCGGCGAGACAUCGGCCUACCUCGCAAUUAUGGUCGCACUCCUUGUCCUUAUGAGUGCAUGGAUUUGCGGAGAAUUGGGCAAUAGCAAUCUUUUUAAAAGAUAUGUUCGGAAGUUCUUGGAAGACUAUGGUACACCCUUGACCAUUGUUUUCUUCACUGGUUUCGUGCACAUUGGCCACAUGCGGGAGGUCAAUGUUUCCACUCUUCCCACCGGCAAGGCCUUCUUCCCUACGCUUGAUCGGCCAUGGCUGGUACAUUUCUGGAAUAUUGAUGUCGGAGACAUCUUCUUGGCUAUUCCCUUUGCUCUUCUUCUGACGAUUCUGUUCUAUUUUGAUCACAACGUCUCGUCCCUAAUUGCCCAAGGCACUGAGUUUCCUCUCCGGAAACCCGCGGGCUUCCACUGGGAUCUGUGGCUCCUCGGUCUGACUACGUUCGUCGGUGGUCUCCUUGGAAUUCCUUUCCCCAAUGGCCUUAUCCCGCAAGCACCCUUCCACACUGCUGCCCUCUGCGUCACUCGACAGGUCGCAGACGAGGACGAAGCGAACAAAGGCAAAGCCAUCCGGGUCACAGACCACGUUGUCGAACAACGAGUCAGCAACUUCGCCCAAGGCCUGCUGACUCUUGGCACCAUGACCGGGCCCCUUCUCAUUGUCCUGCAUCUGAUCCCACAGGGAGUUAUGGCCGGUCUCUUCUUCGUGAUGGGUGUUCAGGCCUUGCAGGGUAACGGCAUUACUCAGAAACUCAUUUUCCUCGCCCAAGACAAGAGCUUUACCCCUGCGUCUAACCCUCUCAAGCAAAUUAAACGUCGCGUCGCAAUCUGGGCAUUUGUCAUUCUCGAACUCAUCGGUUUCGGUGCAACUUUCGCCAUUACCCAAACUAUUGCAGCCAUUGGUUUCCCCGUCAUAAUUCUCCUUUUGAUUCCUGUCCGGUCUUUCCUCUUGCCACUUUGGUUUACCCGUGAGGAACUUAACGCAUUGGAUGCGCCCACUGCCAGUCCUUUCACUAUGGAGAGUGUUGGUGGCACUUACGGUCUUGACGAGGAUACCGACGAGGCGAUGGCGAGUGGGGCCCAAACCUCCUCUAGCGAAGGGAAUGGUGUGCUGCGAGGCCGUUAUUCGCCAUCCUCGGAUUCUGCAGUUGAAGAUGUGGAGAGGGGUGAGGCGUACGAGAUGACUUCCCGGUCAUAUGUUCGCCGCAGAAGUACUACCAGUAGAGUCGAUUGA